AUGGAGAACGGCGGCCUCGAGCCCGAUCUUUCGGAGGCGAUCACGCCUACACCCAUCGCACAACUACAGCCAGGUCUUUCAGAUAUCGCAUCACACAUUGUUGAUGGUGAGGUGACCAUCACAUGGCCAUUCAGCAUCGUCACCAAAUCCAUUGCGUUCAAGCUCGCCGAACACGAUUUCCUGCUGCGACGCAAUAAAGGCCAGGUACGAGUGGAAUUCCAUGGCGCUGCUGGGAAGGCAGUCGCCGCGACUGGAAUUGGAGGUGGUGAUAAGGUUCGGCUCAGUUUGACUGGGGUUGAAUGGACUGAGGGAGCUCCUGCAUCUACGCGACUAGACACGCUUCAAUGGCAGAUGAACUUCUCGAAUAGGCUGCGCAUGCGGGUUCGCAGGGCAGACAGCCAGGAAGAAGAAAUAAUUAGCGUCGAUUCCUCUGAGAGCAUCGAUAACGAUCCGCCAUUGACUGAACUCACAGCGCCUUCAGUUUCUGAGCCCGAACACUCGAUCCCAAUUCCAACCGACACGCCCCCCAAGCCGGCGAUUUAUCCACGAGACGGGCUUGGAGCGCCCUUGACCGGAAAGCGUCAAGUUUCGGAAGCUUUCGACGCAGACGAAUAUGCAUCUCCUGCUUUCUUGAAACGUGCCAGGAUCUCAUAUGGAUCACUGUUUGAGGGUGGUUUCGAUAUAUUUAACGAGCACGAUGAUGAUGUACCGAGCAAGAAAAAGGAUCACAAGCGGCCGCGCUUCAGCAUGAAUGCCAAUUGGAAAUAUACAAGUCGUACCCCCAGCCCCGAGCCUGAACAGUCGCCCGAGGUCGAGCCCGAACCACUGGCGGGAAACAAUGAUGCCCCAGAUAUUCUUAUGGAAACGCCGUCGCGGCUCCCAGUGGCGGGCAAAGAAAAACAAGAUAGGAGUAUCGAAGCUUCAGCCUCGCCUGUUCCGUCAAAAGCUACUGAAACAAGAGUUCCAUCAUCUCAAAGAGCUUCGACACCCAGUUCACCCUGCAUACAAAGAACGGCACCCGAGGAGGAGCCACAAGAUGACACUGAGAAAACCUUGAAAUCCUCCGGGGACACAGAGUCUUCCCUUCAGUUGGCAGAAGUGGAUGCUCAAAGCGAGCCCGAAAAGACCAGCCUAGAACCAGACAGUCUCCCCCGUAACGAUCCGUCAAAGCCACAGGAUAUUAUGGAUCAAUUUCUGCAUGAUGCAAUUGACCCAGCUCUCACUGACGAAGCAAGAGAAGCCGCCGAUCUAGUCAUGGAAAAUGAUGCUGGAAGGUUUUUAGAAGAUCAUGAACUUCAAUUUGCCCCUAUGCCUACAUAUGCAGAGAGCCAGCCACCAAUGGCUAGUUUUUCUCAUCUACCCAAUGGGGAACCGCAUGGAAAUCAUUCAUUUUCGACCUUCCCAACACAAUCGAAUGACUGGCUGCCUAUGUCUUCAGCGCCUGUGUAUCCGCCGAUACCAGCCCCGAAUAGCUUGAACAACCCUGUGGAAAUCAUUGACAGCUCCUCUUCGGAUGGAGAACAAUCUUCGGAUGAAGGGGAUGCCGAACGCGAGGAUGGCGGGGAUCAGUUGCGAGGGAGCUCUUUGAAGAGCGAGGAUGAAGAUUCAGAUCACAGCCACAUGGAAGACAGUGAGCAAGAAGCCCUACAGCAAGGCAGGGAGGACUUUCAGAUGGAUGAUAAUGAGUCUGAAGAAGGCACCGAUGUUGCUGGGGAGGACUAUGAUCUGAGAAAUUAUGACGUUGCCCAAGCUGAUGAUAGUGCCGGGAGUGAGAGUGAAGAGGAGGACCCGCAUACGCCAAAUGAAGCUGAAAAUCUCAUCAAUGUUGCAGAUGAACAGAGCAGCCACUUCAUCAACGAACAGGGAUCUCUCAACCAUGGAGAGAUUGGAAGUCCUGUCAGAACUGCUGGCUUGGUCCCUGUAGAUGCUCAGGCUGAUUCUGAUUCUGAGUCUGACGAAGAUGAGGACGAAGAAGACGAGGAGGAGGAGGAGGAACAGGAACAAGAGGAAUACUAUGAGGGAGAGGAAGGGAACGUUCAUGGAUAUGAGGAAGAAGAAUAUUAUGAAGAGGGCGAGGAAGAAUAUUAUGAAGAGGGCGAGGAGGAAUAUGAGGAGGAGGCAGACAACUCAACGCCGCCACCUCCACAAAACCCGGUAUUUAUCGACCUCAUGUCCGACUCUGACGACGAUGAGGAGCUCGACCAUCAGGAACCCCACAAAGAGGAGCCAGAGGUGGAGGGAAGUGCAGACGCACAUGAACCAGAUGCAUCCACAAUCUCCGCCCACCAACAGGAAGUUCUGGGUGAAAAUGAAGAAUCACAAGAGCCGAAUCUAGCAUUGACGCAAGGCACUACAGAGGAAACGGCUUCAAUUAACGUGGAUGCAUCCGAGCAACCAAUUCCAGCCCACCCAGAUCAGCCAGACCACAGCGCGACAGAAGAUAGUGUUCUUACCUUUCCAGAAACACUAGUCAAUACGGGCAAACAGUCACAAACACAGUCGAACCGACCAGCGGCCACAGAUUCAGAAUCGCAUGCCGAUUCAAUCAAACAGUAUGGAGAGAGCCAGGAGACGGUCACAAUCUCCAACGGACAAACCCAAACUCAAACAGUCGUCGGUCUGGGCGAGCAGAGUCCAGAGGUCCAACUUGAUGAAAAGGAAACUCAAGUCACAGAGAGCCAAGAGAUUGAAUGUAAAGAUAUGAGAGGUGAAAUCUCUUCACCAUCCUUUGAGGAUGCUACAAGUCAAGAGAAAGACCGGUCAAACUACGCAAUGUUUAAUGCGGAUAUGGAUGCCCCGCCAUCCGUAGAACAGGAAGAACCUAUAUUUACCACCGAUAUGGAACAAGCUUCCACCGCAGGCACACCAGAACAGCCAGCAACAAGCGAUUUACCACCCACAGAGCCAACCCAGCGCUCACCAGUCUCAGCCUCCAAAACGGGUGGCCUUUCGAUCACCGAUGAAAACAUGGGGGUGAGUAUAGGCAAAGCAUCAUCUCCGACGACUGAACAGACAUCACCAAAACUUGUAGAAAGUGUCUCUGCAGAAAUCACUUCGAAUAUCGCCGCCGUGCCAACCGGCAAGUUUCCUACAGUGGAGCAACCUGCUGUUUCAACUACGAGUACCGAUACCAAAGAAAUGACCAAUGACAGUGCAGGCGAAGAUACGACGAUGCAGGAGUCAUCUCUCAUAUUAGGGGAGACUAAUCAAUUGGAUUCUCUCCAACAAACGAACCUUGUACAGGAUGAGAUUGAGGUCAAGGAUGGUUUGGUCUCGCCACCUCCAACCGGGAUGUCUCAGCAAGUAAAAACAACAGAUGAAGUGGCACAACCAGUUGCAGCUACGGUAGAGGCCGAGGAGGUAAUAUAUGUGGAGACCGUAGAGGACAAUGCUACGCCACACGAAUCGCAACCAAACGAUGCUAUGGAUGUUGACCAGAUCGAUGAUGAGCAUGAUCAUGACGCAGAAUAUUCUUUUGCGGCUGAGCAGCAAAUCAUAUCAGAGUCACAGGAGUACCAGGACAUAUCCAUGACUGAUACUCUUCAGUCCGAGGUUGAUACUGGCACGUCUGUUCCCAGUGAGCCCGUAGAGAAGGAGAAGAAAGCUCCCGCAAAGCCAGAGCGGGACAUGUUAAUUACAGUGCAGUCCUUGCGCAGCCGCGGACACCGAAAGAGUUUGUCCUCUGACUCGACGAGCACGCGCAAUCAGGAUCCCAGCAUUUUGCUUGCAAAGGCCAACACGGGAGCGGCUGAACCCGAUCUACGUCGAAAACAUAAGACUCCCCCAGCUAUUCACACAGGUCGGGUCACCCGCAGUCAGGUGGAAGCUGGUGUGGGCCAAACGGCGGGGUCUCCACAUACGCCAACGAGGAGCAUGCGACAUCGUGCUACGCCAGAGACGCCCCACGGAAGUCAAGCGUCAGGGGUCACCCGGAAGGGUCGAAGCAAGUCGCCGGCCUCUACGUCGGAACUGUUGAAGACGCCUUCGGUGGCCGGCUCCUCAGCAGCUGCCGCAGCCGCAGAUGACGAGCCAAUCUCCGAAUUGAAGUUACGUUUGCUGAGGGAUCUUCGAACUAACCUGGGAGACUUUACACCCCUCAAGUCGCUCCGAAAUCUAGCAUCGAGGACGACAGACAUCCUUGCCAUUGCUACAACAACGCCUCCGCAGCCAUCACGGCCGAAGAAUGGCCCGCGUGACUACAUGGUUGAGUUGAUACUUACGGAUCCAUCAUGUGCACCGUCCACUGUCGCCGUUGCGCACUUCUUCCGCCCGCACCAAGCAUCUCUGCCGACGGUGCAUGCAGGCGAUGUGGUACUCCUGCGUCGGUUCCAGGUUGUCUCGGUUAGAAAGCGCGGCUUUGGGAUCCGAACCUCAGACGCCUCGGCUUGGGCCGUCUUUGAGAAGGGCGACGAGGAGAUGCUCGCUCAGAUCAAAGGCCCCCCUGUCGAGCCUUCCGAUGCUGAGGUAGCAUAUGCGGAGGGUCUUAGACGCUGGUGGGCACUCUUGGAUGAUAAGGUCAAGGCCAAGAUCGAGAAAGCUACGGAGAAAUCGGUCCAGCUUGCGGCCCGUGACGAAAAAUAA